AUGGCUCAGCGCGUCCCUUCAUAUGUUCCGCCGCCCGGACCUGCACCUGCACCGUCGCAACCUGCUCCCCUUCAAGUCGCGUGGGUGCCCAGCCCGGGCUUGCCGAGCCCGGAGGUGAUUCAGAAGCAGAAGGAAGGAUACAUCAGGCUGCUAGAUGAACAGCUGAAACAGGGCCAGAACACCCUGGACCAGCAAAGAAAGCAGCAGUCUGAGUACUUGCACACUCAGGCGCAGCAGCAGAAGCAGCAGGUGGAGAUGCAGAUAAAACAGCAGGUGCAGCAGCAAGAAAUGCAGCUGCUCCAACAGUACAACCAGUCUUUGAUGCAGGUGCAGCAGGCGUCUGCACAGCAGAAGGCCGCUCUUGAGACCCAGGCGAUGCAGUUGGUGAUGGAGUACCAGCAAAAACGGUCUCAGGAGGAGAUGCUGGCAAAGCAGCAGCAGCUACAAAGAGGUCACAUCGAGGCCCAGAUGAAGUUUGCGGCAGAGAUGCAGAAGUUGCAGGACGGGCCAAGCAUGGUGCACGGUGGCCGUGGCUUUGCCCGACAUGAUGCCUCUGUCUCCGCCACGGGGAUGGCGGAGGCAGGGCUGGCGGCCGCGGGUUUGCCUGACGUCAUGGUUUGCCUCUUUGUUUGCGGGGUGGCGGCUCUGGGACAAGCGGUUGCGGCUUUGCCCGACGUUAUGGUUCGCCUCUUGCUAUGCCCCACAGGUGGCCGUGACUUUGCCCGACAUGAUGGUUCGUCUCUGCCUCUGACGGGGGUGGCCGCAGCUUUGCCCGACGUGGUGAUUCGCCUCUUUCUUUGCCACGGGCUCUGUCUCUGCCACAAGGAUGGCGGAGGUGGCCGUGACUUUGCCCGACAUGAUGGUUCGUCUCUGCCUCUGACGGGGGUGGCCGCAGCUUUGCCCGACGUGGUGAUUCGCCUCUUUCUUUGCCACGGGCUCUGUCUCUGCCACAAGGCGGCGGCGGCUUUGCCCGGCCGCGUGACAUUGCCCAACAUUCUGGUCCGCCUCUGUCUUUUGCCGCGGGGGGUGGCGGAGACAGGGACAUUAUGGUUCGCCUCUGUCUUUGCCACGCGGUGGCGGAGACAGGCGGCUGCGGCUUUGCCCAACGUUGUAGUUCGCCUCUUUCUUUGCCACGGGGUGGCGGAGACAGGAAUUGAAGCAGAGAGUUCGGAAGCGACAGGACACGAGGAAGACCUGGCUCGCUUACGAACUAAGCUGGAGACAGACAUUUUGCCAGCAUUGGCUUCAUUGCGCACUUUUGCAAUAGCAGCUGACCGUUUCUAUGAGCAGGUGGAUGACGCCUGGAACAACCAUGCAGCGGCUGGCAGAGAGCAAUUGGAGGCUUUUGUGCAGGGAGUCUGCUUUGAAGGGGUGCAGGGCUUCGCCCGUCGAACGCUGCUGUCCCCGGAUCCUGAUGAGCCUGCUUCGCAAAAGAUGGUGAGCUGGCUCAGACGAUUGGAGAAGGCUCCAUGGUGCUGGUCUCCGCAGCAACGCCGUGCGCUGGGCGAGUUUGCAGAGCUCGGUGGGCUUAUCCAUGUUGCCGAUGAUGCCCCUGCAGUUCACUUGCCUGAGAGGAUAUCUGCCGUGCUGCAGCAGCGGACCCAACGCUUUGUGGUCGUGCUGGAGGCCCCAAUGGCGCUUGCAGCUAAUACAGCUGCAAAAACUAUUCGCCAUCGAGUUCUUGUUGGUUCCCGGUGGCGACACACCAUAUGCACAGCCUAUUCAUCAAAUGCCUGGAAGAGGGCUUCAGGCGCUUUCCAAGCCGGUGAUUGCCUGGCACCACGAGCUCACGGUGUCCAGGAGCUCCAGGCACGCUUCUUCAGCUCAUCAGGCCUCACAGGCUUGAGAGCAACCUUCGCUCAUCUAGCUGCUCAACGCCUGGGCUUGCCGCUUCAGGCCCCGUCUGGCCCCUCCGCUGCGGCGCAGUCCUCCGCUGCGGCGCAGUCCUCCCAAUCGGUUGGUGCAGCCCCAGCAGCUGUCAGUGUUGGCGAGGGCUGCACUGAGCGACGCGUCCCUGUCUCGUUCGUUCGGCAACGAGUGAUGAAGAGGUUGAAGGAAACACAGAAUACAGCAGCGCUGCUUUCCACCUUUCAGGAAGUCGAUAUGACGGCAGCCUUAAAGCUGCGAUCCAAGUAUAAGGACAUGUUCUCAAAGCUUCAUGGGUCUCAAUUGGGAUUACUCUCUCUCAUCGCAAAGGCAAGCUGCUUGGCCAUUGCGGAGGUGCCUGGAGUGAAUGCUGUCAUUGACGAUGGGACAAAAGAAGCAGUCUAUCGAGAUUAUGUUGACAUCAGCAUCCCCAUCCCAAGCCCGCGUGGGAUCAUUGCAUGCACUCUGCAAGACGCGCAGAGCAUGACAAUACGAGAUAUGGAACAUGAAAUUGCAGCGCUCACAGAUCGAGCCGCUCGAGACGAGCUCUCCGUGGCUGACUUGAGUCAUUCCACCUUCGGCAUUGUGGAUUCUGGCAUUGCUGGGAGCAUGCUGGGCACCGGUAUCAUAAACUUUCCGCAGAGUGCUUCGAUGGGCACAAAUGCUGUAAAGCGGCGGGUGGCUGUGGUGGAUGGGAAAGUUGAAGCGCGGCCAGUUAUGUUUACUGCAUUGACCUACGACCACCGCUUGGUUGAUGGGCGUGAAGCCGUCACCUUUCUGUGCUCUGUCCGUGACAAGCUGGAG